UUGGCUGCUCUGCAAAACAGAUGGAUUAAAAAAAAAAAAAAAAAAAAGAGAGAGAGAGAGAAACGGACACGUUUAUCAUUCUAUCAUUUUAUUUCUCACUUCAUGUAAAUCAUAUCAUGUAAUUAUUGCACAGUAAUAUCGAGCGUGCUUGUUGAUUAGAGUGAAAGCUGUAAUUGUCUUUAUCAUUAUUUUUGGAAGAAGAAGAAGUGGAGAUGGCUGCAAUUGUGGAGAAGACAAAUUCAACAAAAGACCGAGCGAGACUAGCUCGAGAGAAGAGAGAGGAGAGAGAGAGGUUUCAAGCAUCACGGGAGAAGGAGCUGUGGGAGAAGGAGCAGCGCUUCCGUAAGCAGUAUGAGCGCUCGGUGGAGGAGCGAGGGAGGCGUCUGGAGGAGCAGCGGCAGCGAGAGGAGCGUCGCCGAGCUGCUGUGGAGCAGAAGAGGAGGCAGCGUGGUGAGGAGGAGAAGGAGCACCUGGAGGCACUGAUGCGGCGCUCGGAGGAUCGCGGCCCACCGCUGGAACCGAGACCCAAACGCUGGACAUGGGGCGGCCCGCCACGGACCUGCGAGGGUGAUCCUAAGAUUGCCCCGCCCUCUCCUGCUGCUUCAUCCAUCUUAGCCAAUGAGCCUGCUUCUCUCCCACCUGCCAACCAAUCCAAAGCCGUACCAGACUUCAUGAUUCCACCGGAGUGCCCAGAGCUAGACUUGAUCGCCUGCCUUUCCUCCUCUAACUCCUCAGCUGCUUUAGCACAAACAACAGAGAGAGCCUCGCCCAGCCCCCACAGGUCCCCGUAUAAGGCCUCACCGAGCAGAGCCGAGCGCAGGAAGGCCAGCUCCACAUCUGGACCAUUGGAGGAAUCCCGAGGGGCUGCCACAACCCCCAAAACCCCCCAGACAGAGAAACAAGUCGGCGUGAUCACCGAGUCCUCAGCAAAGCAGCUGGAAUCUCCCAUGACGCCCACCAAGAACUCGUCUGGCUGCAAGAAGCCCAGCACACCCAAAAGGUCCAAGUCAUGUAAGAGCCGCAUCCAGUCUCCGUGUUCUCCCGGGCAGUACCCCACCUCACCUAUGAAGCACAGAGCCAUGACCCCGGGUGCAGACAACAACAAGAGGCUGGACGGAGAGGAGAAAGGUCUCGAGAGUAAAAGCUCCAACACUCUGGACAGGAAAACAUCAAGGACUGAAAAGAUUCCCAAAUCUGCAAGCAGAGAACUCGGACAUAAUGCAGAGUCUCCAGUGACUCCGACUGGAAAAGCUGGAACCACUGAUGCUGAGGAGGCCUCCAGACUGCUGGCUGAGAAACGACGGCUGGCCAGAGUGCAGAAAGAGCAGGAGGAGAAACAGCGACUGGAGGAAGAGAGGCUUAAGGCCGAGGAGCUCCAGAGGAAGCAGGCGGAGGAGCGGGAGCGACAGGAGCAGGCGGCUCAGCAGGCAGAGAAGGAGCGGCAGAGGCAAGAGGAUGAACGCAGGAAGAAAGAGGAAGACGACAAGCGGCAGAAGGAAAGACGUUUGAAAGAGCUCCAGGACCAGCUGGACAGAGAGAGGGAGGAGGCUUUCCAGAGGGUGCAGAGGGAGGCGGAGAGGAAGCAGCAGGAAAGAGAGCAGCUCAAACUGCAGGAAGAGCAAGAGAGACUGCAGAGGAAGAAGCGCAUUGAGGAGAUCAUGAAAAGGACAAGAAAAACUGACACAGAGCCAAAGAAAGAUGAGACGCACACUGAGUCCAACUCGUCCGUGAUUGAGUCGGUCUCUGUCUUGGAGUCUGCAGAUGCUGGACAGAUUAAUGGUCCCUCCAUCAGGUCCUCAGAAAGCUCCACUUUUGAAAAGUUUAAGAGUGAAUUCCCCUCAUCCAUCACAGCUGGCUCGCCUGUGAUAAACCUACAGCCUCUGGAAGCUAAGGGGAGUGUGGCUGAUGACCUUUCAGAUGGUGUCCAGUCCAUGGAUGUAAGCCCGGUCUCUAGAGAUGAGCUGAUGCAGGAAUACUCUCCUAUCAGUGAGAGCUCAGAGAACCUCAUGAGGAACCCCCAGGCGCUGGAUCUCCUGCCUCUCACUGGACAGGCUGCGUAUCCUAAAGCUGGGGACUGCAACAAAAACCUGAUCCAGAGCUUCAGCACCGCCACCGCAGACUCAGCGCUCAUCCAGAGUCUUGGGCCGAGCAUGGAUAAGCUUACUGUCUAGUGCAGCAGGGUAUACGUCACGUCUUGGCUGUGUUGAAGAAUGGUUUGGAUUUGGCCUUCGUCUGUCGUGCCUCUGUUCCAGCUCUUACAAACCUCUCCUCAAGAAAUCCACGUGCAUCUUGGGGAAAAAGGAAGGAGUGCUGAAUCAAGUAGUUACACAUAGAAUAAUAAUGAUAAUAAUAAUAAUAAUAAUAAUUUAAAAAAAGCUUUGCCUUUUCUUCAUAGGUAUACCAUUUCAACAUAUUUCACCGUAGUAAUUGCUGGGGAAAGCAACUGUAUUGCAGCUCUUGCAGCCGUAGUGAUCUUUAUAUUCCUGUAAACACACUGUAGAGUGGUACACGAGCCUUGUAGCAACUUUAUACAGUUUUGCUGCGAGAGCACAAAUGACCAGCAAACUGACUGUGUGUAUAUGUGUUGAGUGUGAUGUGUCAUGUAUCAGGGUUUCGCAGUUCUUCAGUAAGCAAAGUCAUGCGAGAGUAAAACUGUUAUAACACAAUAGUAUGCUUUUUUUUUCAUAACGCCAACAAAAGAAGGAAAGACUUUGCAAAGAUGUAAACUAUGCAGGCCGGGCAAAGUGUAAAUCAUGUGUACACUAGUGAUUAAAUAAUAACACAAUGCUACAGCUGUACAGUAAACAUCCCGACUUAAAAGCUCUCCAAUACGCUGAAUAUGUGUGUUAUCUUGUUAAACGGCUCUGUUUAUUACAGUCUUGCAUACUCAGGAGGUGUGUUCGAGCUUUGCAUGUGAGCACAGUCGUAUGGAUUCCUGAUGUUCCUGUUUGCUGGUGGUCCUAAGUGACGUGUACGAGGUGUAUGAUGUAACACUCCUGAUGAACUUGAAUGUUUGAGGACCAAUAAGAUGGCAUUUCAGGGUUGAGGGUUCUGGGUCAUGUUGAGGAAAGGGUCAGUUUCAUUCUCAUUCUCAUUCUCACGUAAAUCCGUUGCUUCAUGGUGAUAAAUGGUGCAUGAAUCAAAUGCUCUCGAACCGCAGAAAAACCUGGGAUAUUGAAAUAACAAUAAAAUUAUUGAGCCACA